UUUGGUACAAACUGAAUAGCAAAAUAAUUAUUUUUUACUCACGUAAAUUACUUUUUAAGUUAUUAACUAAUUUCUUUAAUUAAAAAAAUGGUUGCUGAUACACAACUCAACUUUGCUAGAAAAAAGUUAUUCGAGGCACUUGGAGAUGAUUUUAAAGUGUACUUGAACAGCAUGAAGUUGUGGUUUAGGCAAAAGACCACCAAGGAAAGUUUUGAUGCUGAUGCUAGAAAACUUUUGGCCUCUGACACAAUACAUUUACACAAUGAAUUCUUGCUAGCCAUGUUAAACAAAUGUCAAAGCUUAGUGUCCACACAUGUCAAAGAUUCAUCUGGAAAUGCUCAGGUCCAAAACAAAGAUAAACAAAAGAAAGGAAAGCUAAAGAAAAAAAUUCGACCAGUCAGGGCAACAUUUGAGCUAGCAUCAUCAUUUUCACAGCACCAUCUUCAACUCCAUCCAGCCCAAUAUCCCACGCAGUUACAAACAUUCGGCCAUGAACCAUGGACACCUCUGGAAGUGUGUAGUCUCGAGAACAAAAGGAUAAUCGACUGUCAUCUUGUGGGUCUUUUGCAACAGCUUGUGGUGUGUAGUUUACCGAGUUGGCUGGCUGAAGCCGAUGCUGGAAUAGAUGAAAAUUAA